AUGGAUCAAUAUGCAUAUCCUAAUGUUCCAGUUGUUCCACGAAUUCUAGUUCCAUCUCAAUAUUCAUCAAAAAAAUUUUCAAUAACUGAUGAUGGAUAUGGAAAUCAUGAUAGUCGUUCUCCAGUAGCAUAUCUAAGUCCAACUCAAAUUCCAAAUAAUCCAUUAGCAUUACGACAACAACAAUUAAAUAAUAAUAAUGAGAAUAUUUAUUCAAAUCAACAACCAUCUUAUCCAAAUACUAUUGAUAAAGGACGAAUGAAAAAAGGUAUUUAUCAUGAACCACUUAAAGAUAAUAGUGGAGAUAAUAAUUCAUUUGGUGAAUAUCAAUAUCCAAUCUCAAAUUUAAAUAAUUCGAAAAGAAAUUCUUUUCAAGAAAAUCCUUUUAGAUGUUCAAAAACUUUAAUUAUUAUAUUUGUUAUUAUUAUUGGAUUAUUUUCUUUAACUGCAUUAGCUAUAAGCAUUUAUUUAUUAGUUAGAUCAUCAACAACAUCAUUAUAA